AAAUAAUAAUGAUAAUAAAUUUAAAAUAAAAAUUGUAUCGGCAUCUUCUUUUUUUCCCCAAAAAAAAAUUGAAGGAAAUAAAAAAAAAGUACACGAAGAAGAAGAAGAAGAAGAAAGAAAGAAAGAAAGAAAGAAAGCUAACAUACAUAUCCACAACCUUACCUGACUAGCAGUCUUACCAAAUAACCAAAUAUUUUUGUUUGGUUUUAAUUUCUUGUUUGCCUGGAUAGUUUCUUCUUGGGUAUCUUUUAAAGAACGCAAAUGGAGAAUAUGAAGGAGAAGCAGCACUUCGUUUUGGUUCAUGGAGCUUGCCAUGGAGCAUGGUGUUGGUACAAGCUCGUCAACCUGCUCAAAGUGGCUGGUCACCGAGCCACAGCUUUGGACCUCGGCGCUUCUGGUGUCAACUCCAAGCAACUCAACGACGUCGUUUCUGUUUCCGACUAUGUUCAACCUCUUAUGCAGUUUAUGGCCUCCAUUCCUAACGAUGAGAAAGUGAUUUUGGUGGGCCAUAGCUACGCAGGCCUCUGUAUUUCUCUUGCCAUGGAGGCUUUUCCUGGUAAAAUUUCGCUUGCAGUUUUUAUCUCGGCCUAUUUGCCAAAUCACACGUCUCCCCCAGGAAUUCUCAUACAAGAAUACUUCAAGAGGACCCCAGUGGAGUCCUUAUUAGAUUGCCAGUUUACAUUUGGGCAAUGCCCAGAUGAAAAUUAUAAGCCAAUAACUUCAGCAAUCUUUGGUCCAGAGUAUAUGAAAUCUAAGUUGUACAAGAACUGUCAAGCGGAGGAUUUGGAAUUGGCCAAAAUGCUAGUAAGACCAACUAGGUUGUUCUUAGAGGAGUUGAGCAAAGAAGGUGUACUAACAGAAGCAAAUUAUGGGUCAGUGAAUCGGGUUUCCAUAUUAUGCGAAGAAGAUGAAGUCAUGGAAGAAGAAUUCCAGAGGUGGAUGAUCAAAAAUAGUCCAACCCAACAAGUUAUUUCGAUUAAAGAAGUGGGCCAUAUGGUGAUGCUCUCCAAGCCCCAGGAGCUGUGCAACUGUUUGCUCAAGUUGCAGACAAAGUUUGAUGGAUUUAAGUAAUGGAGUGUGAGUGAGUCUUAGUCCUUCAUGAAGAGAGAAAUUAAUAGGAUUUCCAAUCAUUGUUCAAAAGACAAGAACUUCCAAUUCGCUUAGUGCCAGAGCCGUCCAUAUGUGAUUGGAUUAAAUUGUUCUAAAUUGUAUUGUGUGUGCUUCUUUUUUCUAACUUUGCUCUGUAUCUAAUUUUUUGGGCCCAAUUAAAUAAUAUGGAAGCACUAGUCACUGCACAAAACUUAUACCAAACAAUUAAAUCUCUAUUACCUUUUAAAAAUAUAUAUAAAAAAUAAUAAUUUUCAAGUA